GGCAUGGGGCCGAAUAAGGAAAAGAAUCUUCGAAUCGCUGAUUUCUUUUCUAUUUCUGCUCACAAUUUGCCUCGAAAUCCUCACAAUUUCAACUUUGCCGCAUUACUGUAAUAAGCUACGCUACUUGCAAAAGCUCACGCAAAAACAAAUCUUGCCAGGAUGAAGUUAAGGUCAGCUCCAAUCAUCUGUCUGAGCGCACUUCCAUUAGUGCUAGGAGCCAAUGGUAUCGAACGCAGCCUUCGCGGUCGAGCUCGCACUAACCAAGCAAAUCUGAGGACACCCGUCGAUGACGAAGACAGCGAGUUUUACAACCGGAUUUUGCAAUUUGGCAACAGCAUUGAAACGCCCCGUCCCACGCCCCGUCCCACGUUAUCGGCUGUGUCUAAACCUCCGACAAAGCAGCCCACGAAUGGUCCAACGCCAGUCCCAACAAAAGCCCCCGUACCAGAUCCGACCCCAAAUCCUACGAGAGCACCGGUGACUGAUCCAACCCCAAAUCCCACAGCACUCCCUACAAAAGCUCCAAGCACCGCUCCAUCCUCUCCACCUGUUCUUGAUCCAACACCUAGGCCCACAAUUCCACCUGUGCCUGAUCCUACGCCUCCCCCUGUGCCUGAUCCUACUCCUUCGCCCACACGAGCACCCGUACCCGAUCCGACUCCUCCACCUACCGAUCCACCCGUGGCGACACCUGCGCCAACAACUGUGGCUCCACAACCAACCCCUUCUGCCUGCCCUGUCACUUUUCAAGUUAACUGUGCUACGGAAGAUGGGCGGGAAUGUUCGGAUGUUCCCAUUCCUCCGGCUGGGACUACCGAUCCGGCUCAAUGCAGCUUUCAAGUGGCGUACAGCUAUACCUUUGUCAAUUCUGCUGAUAGUGAACAGCAAAUCUAUGCUCUUUCAGUAGUUCGGAAUAUGGAAACUCUCGUAUUGUUGGGAUCCGUCUUUCCCCAAAACAUCAUUUUGCAACCUGGUGAGGUCUUUUCCGAACAGGGAGACCCAGUGGUAAUGGAUUUGUGUAAUGGAGAUACCUUUGAUGCCAUCGCCACUGUUGUUGUGGGACCUCCGAUUGCAGUUAACAUUGAGAUUGCCUGCCAGGCAGAAGAUGGAGUUCAAUGCCAAGCCAUCCAACCCUUUCCCAGUGAUACUCCAGCAGAUCAAUGUGAUUUGGAACUCACGUACACCUACACGAUUACCAACACGGGUCAGGCGGAUACUACAUUUGUGUCAUUGACCCGGACUCGCAAUGGUGAUCAGUUGGAUCUUGUUCCACUGCUGGAUUCCCCAUCCUUGGCGGUUGGGGAAUCCACGCAAGUCUCAGAAACUGAAACUAUCAAUAACUGUGUGUCCAAUGAGUUUUUCACCAGAACAUCAGUGGUCCAACAGCCGGAUGCCGAUAUUUUGUGCAAUAACAUUGCAAUCUAUGAACAUUCACCAGAUUCGGCACCUAGACCCACAAUUCCAGCUUCUACCCCUGCCCCUGGGCCUGAUCCUACGCCUCCACCCACUGAUCCACCGGCAACACGUCCGCCCACAAAUGCUCCAGUGAUGACAACAAGCAACCCGCCCACAGAUGCUCCAGCGACGACAAGCAACCCACCCACAGAUGUUCCAGUGAUGACAACAAACAGCCCGACAGGUGGUCCCAUUGGUGGCUCUGCCAGUAUCGCACCUGCGCCAACAGAUGCUCCACCCGCACCAACAACACCUGCGACCACAGAUGCCCCAGCGAUGACAACAAGCAGCCCGACACCUGGUCCCAUUGGUGGCUCUGCCAGUAUCGCACCUGCACCAACAGAUGCUCCACCCGCGCCAACAACACCAGCGGCCACAGAUGCCCCAGUGAUGACAACAAGCAGCCCGACACCUGGUCCCAUUGGUGGCUCCGCCACUAUUGCUCCCAUUGGUGGCUCUGCUACUGUCGCACCUGCCCCAACGGCUGAUCUGCCCGUGGCAACACCCGCCCCGACAUUUCAUGCUGCAGGUGGUGGUCCUCCUGAGCCUUCUGCCUGCCCCGUCGCUUUGCAAGUCAACUGUGCUACUCAAGAUGGGCAAGAAUGUUCCACCAUUCCAGUUCCUCCAGCCGGAACUACGGAUCCAUCUCAAUGCAACUUUGAAGUGACGUACAGCUAUACCUUUGUCAAUUCUGGUGCUACCGAACAGCAACUCUAUGCUCUUUCAGUAGUUCGAAAUAUGGAAACUAUCAUUUUGUUGGGAUCCGUCUUGCCCCAAAAUAUCAUUUUGCAACCCGGUGAGGUCUUUUCCGACCAGGGAGCCCCCGUGGAAAUGGAUUUGUGUAAUGGAGAUACCUUUGAUGCUAUUGCCAAUAUUGUCUUGGGGCCUCCAAUUGCAGUUAGCAUUGAAAUUGCUUGCCAGUCGGAAGAUGGCGUGGAUUGCCAAGCCAUUCAACCCUUUCCCAGUGAUACUCCAGCAGAUCAAUGUGAUUUGGAACUCACGUACACCUACACGAUUACCAACACGGGUCAGGCAGAUACUACCUUUGUGGCAUUGACCCGAACUCGCAAUGGUGAACAGUUGGAUCUCGUUCCGCUGUUGGAUUCCCCAUCCUUGGCUGUUGGGGAAUCGACUCAAGUCUCGGAAAUCGAAACCUUUAAUAACUGUGAGACGAAUGACUUUACCACCACAACUUCGGUCCAACAACAGCCGGCUGCGAAUAUUUUGUGCAGUAACAUUGCCAUCUAUGUACAUACAAGGUAA